UUCACUUUUUAUACACGUACUAUGAUUGUGUGUAGCCGUUACUGUGAAGACCACUGUGCGUUAAUGUGAAUCAUUCUGUUUUUUCUGGAAAGAUACAGGGCAUUUUUUCCCCUUUUUUAAACAUAUCAGACUUCUGCUGGAGAGUACUUAACAUGGUCUGGAGAUGCAUUAUGGUCUUGUUGGAAGGUUAGGGGCUCCAAAUACCCUUCCUGUCCUCCAAUUUUUAUGAGCUAGCAUUAGACACAAAGAACCCAAAGGGGAUUGGAACAUCAGCUUCACUAUACAAACCAUUAGGCCAUCAGGAAAUCUGGAUUCGACCUGAGACAAAAAUAGGGGUUUCAGUUUCUUCUCUCUUAAAAUGAAGAAAGGGCUGACCAUGUUUACCUAUCCAAGAAGAGAAAUGAAAAUAGAGAAAGUGGUGACCUCCUUGAGCCUGCUAGAGGUAAAUUUUGUCUAAUUUGCUUGCCACAAAAAACUGGAAUUUAUUCCUAACCUAGCUCGGAGGUCAGCAAACUAUAGCCUGUGGGCCCCAUCUGGACUGCUGUUUUUGUAUGGCCUGCAAGCUAAGAAUGGUUUUUACAUUUAAAGAUGGUUUUAAAAGUGUCAGAAGGAGAAUAAUGUAAUGAUACAUGAAAAUUCUGUGACGUUCAAACUUGAGUCCACAUAAAUAAAAUUUAAUUGGAACACAGAUAUGCUCAUUUGUUUACAUAUUUUCUGUAGCUGUUUUUGUUUGUUUUGCUAAAACAGCAGAGUUGAGUAGUUGUGUUAGAGACCAUAUGGCCCACAAAGCCUGAAGUAUUUACUAUUUCAUGCCUAUAGAAAAAGUUUGCUGACCCCUAACCAAGAUAGUCUGGGUAGGGCCUUAUAAUGCAGGGACUGGCAACAGGGACCAGGCAUCACCCGGGAGCUUGUUAGAAAUACAAAACACCAGACACCACCCCAGAUCUACUGGAUUAUAAUCUGUGUUUUAAUAAGAUCCCCCAAGUAAUUCAUAUACACAUUAAAAUGUGAUAGUGACUGGCUUGGGAAAGCAGUGGGAGAGAGGAAGACACUGAGCCUUGUCCCUCGAAUGCAGUGUAGCCCUCUUGGAUAUUGGUCUUGUCUCAACCAGCAGAAUCACUUCUCCUAGUGAGGAGUGAGGAACCGGUGAAGCAGGGGGCUUGAAUUGUGCAUGCCAGCGCUGUUACCUCCUGAAAUGGAGUAGACCUUUUCCCAUGAAGCUGUAGGAAUGGAAAUUUCCCUCCUAACGCGCAGAUUUCCAAACAGGAUUCAAGAGACCAGGGUUGGAGUCCCAGCCAUUUGCCGAUUUUCCUGAUUAUGAGCAUCAGGUCUCUUCAAUUUCUUUCUACAAAAAAGUAGUCAGAUUAGAUUAAAAGCAAACAGCCAAACAUCUUUUAUCUCUGAGAUUCUUAAAACCUUAACCUUCAGAGGCAUCAGGGAUGAUACUUUCCUUUAUGGGCUUAAUUAGAAUUUUAAGAUCCUAAAUGGAACAGAGAUCUAGAACGUACGUAUAAACACUGGGAUGUGGAAAACUUAUUCACUGCUUCAGACUAAAAUAAAUAGAGUUAGGGUUUUGGAGAUUCUUUGACUGCCAGUUACAGUUUUAGAAAUAGCGAGGGUGCUAAACACCUGUGUGUAACUGUGCCAUCACUCUCCAGUGAAUCUCUUUAUUCCCCUCCCUCCUCACCUGUUCACUUCUUCAAAAACAUGUUAAGGACCAGUACAAUGUGUGUGUGAGUAAUUUUGUUUUCUUUGUUUUUGAGACAGUCUUGCUCUGUCGCCCAGGCUGGAGUACAGUGGCGCAGUCUUGGCUCACUGCAACCUCUGCCUCCUGGAUUCCAGCAAUUCUCAUGCCUCAGCCUCCUGAGUAGCUGGGACUACAGCUGGAACAGAUGGUGAUCAGAAUGGACUUGAUCACCCAUCUGUUGAAGUUUCCUUGGAUGAAAACUCAGGAAUGUUAGUAGACGGGUUUGAAAGGACCUUUGAUGGGAAGCUCAAGUGUCGGUACUGCAACUAUGCCAGCAAAGGAACAGCCCGGCUUAUUGAACACAUCAGAAUCCACACAGGUGAAAAACCUCAUCGAUGUCAUCUUUGUCCAUUUGCAUCUGCUUAUGAGCGUCAUCUGGAAGCCCAUAUGCGUUCUCAUACUGGAGAGAAACCAUACAAAUGUGAAUUAUGUUCCUUCCGCUGCAGUGAUCGAAGUAACUUGUCCCAUCAUCGAAGGCGCAAGCAUAAAAUGGUACCAAUUAAAGGUACUAGGUCUUCCUUAAGCAGCAAGAAAAUGUGGGGGGUUUUACAGAAGAAAACAAGCAAUCUGGGCUAUAGCAGAAGAGCACUAAUCAACUUGAGUCCACCUUCCAUGGUGGUUCAGAAACCAGACUACCUUAACGAUUUUACCCACGAAAUCCCAAAUAUCCAGACUGACUCCUAUGAAAGUAUGGCAAAAACCACACCAACUGGUGGCCUUCCAAGGGACCCCCAAGAACUCAUGGUUGAUAACCCUUUGAAUCAGCUCUCAACUCUAGCAGGGCAGUUGUCCAGUCUGCCACCUGAAAACCAAAACCCUGCAUCCCCUGAUGUAGUUCCCUGCCCUGAUGAAAAGCCUUUCAUGAUUCAGCAGCCCUCUACCCAAGCAGUAGUUUCUGCUGUAUCAGCAAGUAUUCCUCAGAGCUCGUCUCCCACAAGCCCAGAACCUCGGCCAUCCCAUAGUCAAAGGAACUAUAGUCCAGUGGCAGGUCCAAGCAGUGAGCCAAGUGCCCACACGAGCACUCCCAGCAUAGGAAACAGCCAGCCAAGCACCCCAGCCCCAGCCCUGCCGGUCCAGGACCCUCAGCUUCUGCACCACUGCCAGCACUGUGAUAUGUACUUCGCAGACAACAUCCUUUACACUAUUCAUAUGGGAUGUCAUGGGUAUGAAAAUCCUUUUCAGUGUAAUAUAUGUGGAUGCAAAUGUAAAAACAAGUAUGAUUUUGCCUGUCAUUUUGCAAGAGGGCAACAUAACCAACAUUGAUUGAAAAUAGUCAUAUUUUACUUAGUUUUGCUGUUUUUGUGGUUUGGUUUUUUUUUUUGUUUUGGUCAUCCCUAAUAAAGUGUCUGCUAAUUCAAGGCUUAUACAUUAUAUUUAUAGAAUAUAAAUUUGACAGUGGAAUAAAAUUUCCCCCUUUUUUUUCAUAAAAAUCUGGUCAGGGUCAUUUAUAUAUUAGAACAGUUAGACACAUUGGAGUCUCUUUUUUCCUUUCCUUUCGACAUUGGGGAAUUGGAGUGCAGUCAUAAUCUUACAAGAUGUUCAUUUGAAUUUCUUACAUUUAUGGUCCAUAAAAACUUCAGGGCUUAUCCAUACUUUUGAUGUUUCAAUAUGCAUUGAACUGGAUGUUAUUUCUGCCAUAUUUCAAAAUGGUAGAAUAAAUUACUUUCUUUUACAGAAUUUAUUACUACUCAUUUCAGUGUUUAGUACAGAAAUUGCCUUAAAAAUUGCUAUUAAUUGAAAUAUCAUUUAGUUCACAUUUCUUAAGUUGAAUCACUAGUUUCAUUUCAACUGAUAAUAGUAAAGCUAUUUCAGUUUAGUAAAAUUUUCUUUUUUCCACAAGGGGAAAUGUAAAACAGUUAGGACUUGAAAUUGAAAAUUCUUUUAAUAUUUAAAAUAACUUGUUUAUUCAAUGUCUAAACACAUGUCAGUUUUCCACUGGAUUUUUAUUUUAUUUUCACAGGUAAAUACACUAGAGUGCUAGAUGCCUUUUUCCCCUCUCAGUUUGACUUUCAUUUAAAUCCUUCAUUCUGAUAUCAUUACUGUUAGGUGAGGUGGAUAACUAUAAUGAGAAUCUCUUAUUCUUCCUAUUCCUUUGAUGACCAAAGAGGUAAAGUGAAGUCAUCCUUAUUAUUAAAAUGCAGCCUCCAAACAAAUUUCUCAAGAUUCCUUUUCCUUCCUUCUAUCCAUUUAUUGCCUAUAAUUUCCAAGAAAAGGUGGGUAUGGAAACACAUGAAAGAAUGUGAUAGUGAAGUCAUAUUUACAAAAAUGAGAACAUGUCCAAAAUGGAUUCUUGUCUCCUCUUCAGAAUUAGCCAUUUAAAAUAUUUUCUGUGACUUCAAAUUGUAAUUCUUAUUUGCAGUUUUACCAGUCUUCAUGUACAGUGACAAAACUGUGUAGAAACUAAAUCAUCACUUUAGUAAGAAAGGAUAAAAAGGUGUGGAAAUGAAUAUAAAAUGCAUCUAAACAUGACAUUUAAUUUUUUUUAUAAAAAUAAGUCUUACUAAAUAUACAGUAAUUCAUUUUGAAUAGGAGGCUAUUGUUUUUAUAUUGUGUAAUAACUCACGUACUCUGAAGACAGCUUGGUCAGACAAUAAAAUAUAUUGUUACUAACUUGGUUUCUUUUCUGUGUAUUUUGCAAAAAUUCUAUUUUUAAUUUUGUUCAUAUGUUGAAUGUGCUCCUAAUUGGCAUCUUAAAGAGAAUAUUAAGCAUCUAUUAACCAAAAAAGAUCUCUAAUAGUAAAGGAAAGGGAAAUAUUGGUGGCAUGUACCCACAAAACCCCCAAGUGCCAAGUUAAUGGAAUCUCUGCUUUCCCUUUCAGAUGCUAGAAAGCCACUGUAAUGAGUUCUUGCGGUUUAGCAUCCAGUCUAAGCUACUGCAUUGUUUAAAGAGCAGCAUCAAGGACAGUUUCUCCAAACUGGAACUCUCUUCUUUGUUAAAUCUUGUACUUUAAAAUUCUACAGUUCUGUUACAUUGUUGCUUAAAUCACGGACUGCUCAGAUCCAUUUUACUGCAGUAGUUUCCAAGUGUAUAACUUGGCUUUAGUAUUUAUCAGUUGCCAGAAAGAAACAGGUUGUCAUUUGGAAGCUUUUUUGUGGUUAUUUUUUCCCAUUUUUAUUUUUCAGAUAAAAGCAGUACCCCAAAAUAGAAAAUGAAAAUUUUCAUGAAACAAAGAGAACUCCCUUGUUAAAACCAGCUUAUUAACUCUGUAUUCUCAGUCAAAUGCAUUUUUUUCUAACAACUGAACAUGGAUGUUGUGAAGGUGCAUUUUAAUUUAAACAUGGAAAAGAUUUUUUUCAUAAUUACCUACUAGAAUGUAAAAUUAUAAUUUUGCUAUGACUUAAAGAGCACAGUUGAUAUCCCAAAGGUGUUGAUGCUUAGAAGCUACAGUUAUUCUAAAUGCACUAAAAUUUUUGAGGCAAAUCUACCUUAGAGGCUUUUUUGGUAUGGUAUUUUUAAAAAUAUUUAGAUUUUAUUUAAAUUUCCUGUGAGUUAUUCUGUAUUUGAAAAGAUGUUCAUGUCUUCCCCUCUGUGUUGAAUAUUUCUCUCAUUUGAUUUUUAAUCAAAUAUUUUAUAGAAAUGAGUUGUUGGGAAGAGUUUAACAUGCACUAUUUAUAGUACUUUGCCGUUAACAGGCAAUGUUCUGAAACUAAAUUUAUUUUUGUUCAGUGAACAUAAGUUUAGAUUUUUAAAGUUGGUAGAUAAUUUAUCUCCACUAAUAUUUUUUUAAGAAACUGUGAAGAGAUUAACUGGGAAUAAUUUUAUUUCAGAUUUUACUAAUGUAGUAUGUAGCUACAACUUCUUGAAAUUCAAGUUAAGGCUAGACAUUUACUUUGAAAAAAUUCCACUGGGUGUUUCCAGGGCUAUUUCAUUUUAGAAAUAAGUGUGUGCCAUUCUUCUGCAAAAACUGGACAAGGAUUCAAUACUACAAAAAAUAGAGAUAAAAUCCUCAUUUCAAGUUCUACAAAAUAUUUAUCAAAUGAAUGUUAAUUUUUUUUUUAAUUCCCUGCUAAAGACGUUUUCAUUAGUCUUAGAGGGUAUAUGCUUUCUAGAACUUGUUUUUGUUAACAUGUGCUUUGAUGUAAAGAACAUAUUUUGUAUGCAAAACAUAACUUGCAUUAUGGUUGUACAAUACACUAUAUUGUUUAGGGAUUCCAGAAAGCAGUUUAAUGCAGAAAUAACUAUAUCUAGUAUGCAGUUCAUAUUGUGAAUGAAGCUUUGCUUUUGUAAUAAAUAAAUAAGACUUUCUAAUGA